CGAGCGGAGGAGAAGACGUGGUUACAUUUUAAGAGACUCUGCUCAGUUGAAGGGAGAGACUCGGAGACUGCAGCAUGUGAGCAGAUCGGUGUUCAGUCCCUGUCACACACAGUCAUCUGAAUGAGAAAAGGUUCAUGUGUUGUUUCGGUGACUCAAAGGUUCACUUGAUACUAUGUUUUGAAAUACGAACAUGGCUUUUGUUGUGCAGUAGGAACACCGUAUGACUUCUCCAUGUUCAUCCUCUACAUGAUUUGAAUCAUGAUCAACUCCACACAUGGCUCAUAUUUCACUCUGGGAGCCUACAUGGAAACAGGGCUUCUCAAAUAUAUUUUUUUCCUGAUAACUCUGACUUUGUAUGUUUUAAUAAUCUGUGCUAACCUGUUCCUCAUCGUGCUGAUCUGUAUGAACAGAAGUCUUCAUGAACCCAUGUACAUCUUCCUGUGCAGCCUGUUUGUAAAUGAGCUGUUUGGUAGCACAGGUUUGUUUCCUCUCCUCCUGGUUCAGAUUGUCUCAGACGUUCACACUGUGUCUGCUCCUCUCUGUUUCCUGCAGAUCUUCUGCUUGUACUCUUACGGGGGAGUCGAGUUUUUUACUUUAGCAAUCAUGUCUUAUGACAGGUAUCUUGCUAUUUGUUAUCCUCUACUUUAUAACACACGUAUGACCCCCAAUAAGAUUUCUAUGCUCACUGCUCUGAUCUGGCUGUACCCAUUCUUUAUCGAAGCUGUCAUCGUGUUUGGUAUGACUUUUCCUCUGCAGCUGUGUGGGAACAUCAUCAACAAAGUUUAUUGUGACAGCUAUUAUGUGGUCAAACUGGCGUGCUCUGACACCACGCUCAAUAAUGUGUUUGGAUUUAGUCACACGUUUACGGUGAUCUUUGGUCUUAUCGUUCUAAUCAUUUACACGUACAUCCGGAUCCUCCACGUGUGUUUCUGUGGAUUCAAGCAGACGAGGCAGAAAGCCGUCAGCACCUGCACGCCUCACCUGGCCUCUCUGCUCAACUUCUCCUGCGGCUGUUUCUUUGAGAUCGUCCAGAGCAGGUUUAACCUUUACAAUUUACCAAAUGUGUUGCGUGUUUUUUUGUCCUUAUACUGGCUCACAGGCCAACCACUUGUUAACCCUUUGCUGUACGGAUUUCAGAUGUCUAAAAUACGUUUGGUCUUUAAAAGUCUGUUCUUUCGGGAAACUCAGUGACCAAACAUAGAAAAUGAUCAUCCAGGUUUACACCCCAACAAAUAUCUUAAAAUUAGACUCGAGAUGAUUAUUUAUCCUGAUCUGUUCAUACAGUUUGACUUCUGUUAAGCCAUCUUCAGCUGUUUAGUAAUUCAACGUUCAUCUAUAUUAAGGCUGAGUAGGUCAGGGUGCCGGUAGCGUAGUGGUUAGUGUGUUCGCCCUAUGUACGGGGCUGUAUUCCUCCAAGCGGGCGGCCCCGGCCCGAAUUUGACCUGUGGCUCAUUUCCCGGAUGUCGUUUCCCGCUCUCUCUCUCUCUCUCUCUCUGAUCUCUGACUCUUUCCUCUACUGUCAUGUUUCAACAAUAAAAGCCCCCCAAAAAAUCUGUGUUGGUCAAUCAGAUUUUAUUUUUCUAAAAAGGAAACCUCGUGGAACUCCAACUCAUCGCUUGAUCAGUGAGAUAGUUGUGAAGAAAGAUUCUUAUUUCUAAUGGGAUAUCACAGAGUAUGGAUCUGUGUGCUUUGACAUUCGGCAGCUUUACAAACAGUCCCUGACACACUGAUGACUUCUGAGGAUCUAUUGCUGCUCCUGCCCGUCCGUCUGACUGGAUUCACUAAUGACUCGUACCGGGAAGGAAGCUUUCCUUCUCUCAGCAGCAGACAGGAGCGA